AUGUUCUCCGUGCAGGAGGCUCUGCCCCGGGGGGGGCUGCCCAUGAAGGAAGAGCCGCUGACCGCCGGGCUGCCCUCCGUCCGCUGGCUGCAGGGCACCGGCAUCCUGGAUGCCAGCACGGCGGCGCAGAGCGGGGUGGGCCUGGCCCGAGCCCACUUUGAGAAGCAGCCCCCCUCCAACCUGCGGAAAUCCAACUUCUUCCACUUCGUCCUGGCCAUGUACGACCGGCAGGGCCAGCCCGUGGAGAUCGAGCGCACCUCCUUCAUCGACUUCGUGGAGAAGGAGCGGGAGCAGAACGGCGAGAAAACCAACAACGGGAUCCACGAGCAGGACCUCUACGUCCGCCUCAUCGACUCCAUGUCCAAGCAGGCCAUCAUCUACGAGGGGCAGGACAAGAACCCCGAGAUGUGCCGGGUCCUCCUCACCCACGAGAUCAUGUGCAGCCGCUGCUGCGACAAGAAGAGCUGCGGGAACCGCAACGAGACCCCCUCCGACCCCGUCAUCAUCGACAGGUUUUUCCUCAAGUUUUUCCUCAAAUGCAACCAAAACUGCCUGAAGAACGCGGGGAACCCCCGGGAUAUGCGGCGCUUCCAGGUGGUGGUGUCGACGACGGUGAACGUGGACGGCCACGUCCUGGCCGUGUCUGACAACAUGUUCGUCCACAACAACUCCAAGCACGGGCGGCGGGCACGGCGCCUCGACCCCUCUGAAGGUGAGCGCCUCCGCCGCGCCCGCGCACACAGAGCCCGCGCCCACGCACACGCGUGUGCCGCGUCCCGGCCCGUGUGCCCGGUCGCGCAGAGGGGCAGACGCACGUCCACGCCGCUCAUCACACCUCACGCCAUCCGGGUGCAGACCCCCCCGCGGCACAUCCCCGGCGUGGUGGAGGUGACGCUCUCCUACAAGUCCAAGCAGUUCUGCAAGGGUGCCCCGGGACGCUUCGUCUACACCGCGCUGAACGAGCCCACCAUCGACUACGGGUUCCAGCGGCUGCAGAAGGUCAUCCCCCGGCACCCCGGGGACCCCGAGCGCCUCCCCAAGGUAGGGACCCCCUGCCUGGGGCUCGGCGCGGAUGCUGCGCCAUGCUCUCUGCCGUGCCCAGGGAGCCGCCGGGACAUCAUCCUGAAGCGAGCGGCAGACAUCGCUGAGGCACUCUACAGCGUCCCCCGCAACCCCGGCCAGCUCUCCUCGCUGGCCGGCACCCACGGCCCCGCCAGCAUGAUGGGGGUGAACUCCUUCAGCAGCCAGCUGGCCGUCAACAUCGGCGACUCGCCGCAGGGCACCGAACAAGGCUACUCCCGAAACACGGGCAGCGUCUCGCCACGGGGCUACGUGCCCAGCUCCACGCCACAGCAGAGCAGCUACAGCGGCGCCACCGGCAUCAACGGCUAUGGCGGCGGCACCAUGGCCGGCCUGGGGGUGCCCGGUUCCCCCAGCUUCCUCAACGGCUCCACCGCCAACUCCCCCUACGCCAUCAUGCCCGCCAGCCCCCCGCUCGGCGCCUCCUCCAUCACCCUGCCGUCGGGCACCAACGCCUCCACCCCCACCGGGGUCUUCUCCUUCUCCCCCGUCAAUAUGAUCUCGGCGGUGAAGCAGAAAAGCGCCUUCGCCCCCGUGGUGCGGCCGCAGACCUCCCCGCCGCCCGCCUGCGCCAGCACCAGCAGCAGCAGCCUGCAAGACCCAGCUUUCGAGGACUCGGACAAGUUCCACGCGCCUGCGCGGCCGCUCCAGGGACUGGCCUAUUCCUAA